AUGGUGCUCGACUACAAGCGGUGGUACUUCGUACGGGUGCCGCACAAGACGAUACCGGUAGCGUUUCUUCUACGUUCUCGAUCGCUCUGCACGAUUACCCUAAGUUCCGUCGCUGGCACGAUAUAUUUCCCACGGUCGACGGGUUAUCAUUACCCCGUGUGCCCGGGUCAGUCGCAAGAACCGCCGCUCUGUCAUCGUCCGAUUAAGCCCGGGAGCAGCGACAGCGACAGGUACACUUGUCCAAAGUGCGAAAGGAGUUACCAGCAUUUGCACCACAUGCUGCGGCACUGUAAGUUCGAGUGCGGUAGCCCGCCGAGGUUUCAGUGUCCUUACUGCGUGAUGAGGAGCAAGCAGUCGAACAACGUUUACAAGCACAUACGUCUCAAACAUCCAGGAUUGAAGGCGGAGGUCAUCGUGCUCCACUACGAUCAGCAAUAAACGUUGCCGACGGUUGACUUUCAUUAUAUUUUUUUUUUCUUUCUUAUUUUCCCUUCGAAAGUUGAACAAUAAAGGGCGAUUAACCGAGAAGAGUGUGUACUUCGAUUUCACCAUCUCCUCGUCCUCCAUCCUUCGAUCCCUCGAUAGUUUGGUGUAGCGGGAGACCUAGCGGUUUCCUUCUCGGGGGUACUUGUUCUUGUCACGCUUCGAAUCGACGUCAUUUUAACAUUUUCAAUCGUUUUGCAGGUUGAGAGUCGCUUGAACGUCAGCUACGCGUCCACGUGGGAAUCAGCGGCUGCCAUUGAUCGUUACACUUCCCGCAAAUUCUCCUUCUCGCGCGUAAACGGGUUGUCCGGGCAUACUUUGUCCCCUAUAUAUAGCUUGAAGAUGCCUGCAACCGCUUUAUUUGUUUGUCUUUAACUCAACAAAAUAUUUUACCACCGCGCGUGUGUCAGCCUGCAAGCACAAUCUCUCCAAGACUUCGACAUAGAAAACCAGACCAUUCAUUAUUGCCUGUAAGCACUUGUUCCCCGACGAUUCGCCGUGUACGAUUCUUCCUUUCGCGACGAUUCGCACGGCGGUUUGUCCUGUCUCUAGCUCCGGGGUUUCAAACUUGGUCGGAUUGGUUUGUCGCGUUUAACGAAAUUCGACGACCUCGAAUAAUAUUCGAUGAUUUCCUUACUCGACUGGAAGUUGCAAUCUUUGAUUUGUGUCUUACCGUAUCAGUCGAAGCAGGGAAUCGCGCGUCACGAAAGCGCGUAGACGAAGAACGAAGCUCCUGAAAGUACAACAAAAUUACUCGUUUCGCGUUGAAUUUAAUUUUCGGAAAAGUUUAGGAACCCCUGAUCUAGUUCAUCGUUCGUUCUCUUCAACGAUCUCGCUAUCGCUUGCGAUCGAAUGGAAAAAAACAGUGGCGUUCGUUCGGUGUGCCCGCUGGCUCGCGUCUCCUCGACUUCGUUGCUUCGAAACGCUUGAGAGGCGGUCGCGGUACGCGUCGAAAGCUUUUCGAAAAUCCCAAGCCCCCCCCCCCCCCCCCUGCGGAGGAACGUCGUUGCCGAUUUGUUCGAGCUAACCGUGCACUUCCAUUUC